AUUCACUUUGUUGGCCUAUUUUCGUCACCCAUUUGAUAAAAUAAUAUAGUCAUGUCACCUCUAGUUUUGUAGAUUUUUUGUAAUAGUUUUUUAAUAUGUAAUUUUUAUUUUUCAGUUAUAUACCAUUUUUCAUAUAAAAUGAUUUGAAAAUAACUUCAGUCAAACAUCGUAACGCGCAAUAAUUCCUAGAGUUUGUAUUUUGUGCUCUAAUGCGUGAUGAUCAGUGAACACAUUUGGUUUGUGCCGCUGCUGCGCUUGAUUGAUUAGACCUCUUUGAUUGCACUUUCUCCUGCAUGCCCCCAUUGCUUGAGCCUUGAGACCUUUUGAGGAUGGAUGCUCGAAAGCUGGAGAAGAAGGUUUUGAAGGGGUUCGGGAGCAUGCUUCUCAAGAGGUUCUGUGGAAAAUCCAAUAGUCAUCUCAAUCAUCUUGUCUCACGAAUCAGAACAUCAUUGACGGAUGGACGCAUUGGCAUUGAGGUGGAUGUUGAUCACAACGAGAUUAUAUUACAUGCUUCUCCGGGAGACAUGGAUGAUGUUUUGAAGGCUGUGAACCAAAUGUUGGAACUGGAGCGUAAGUUGCUGGAAAGCGAAUGUCUGGAGAAAUGGACGCAUGAGGGGCGAUCGGCUUACUUUGUUCUUUUUGGUGCUGGUGCAGAAAUCCUACAUUUGGGGCCUGACAUGAGGCAUUUAAGUGUCGACAUAUGUGUGUCAAAUCUAAAAGCAGUUGACGACAAAAUGGUGUUGAUAUUCCUGGAAGAGUGGUUUGGCGGCAUUGCAGCAGUACACAAGUUCUCAGGCUGCAGGGGCCGCAGGCCAGAGAACAGAUGGGGCAGCGUAACAUUUAUCAGCCCUGAAGCGGCUAGUCUGGCUACCUCUCUAAACAGGGUUUCUUUUAAUGAUGAUGGAUUCCUGCACUUAUCUCCAUCCAAGAUCAACUACUAUGGCCGUGAGCAAAAGAUUUUUUCAUCUCCUUGGCUCGAAGCAACAAUCUGCUGGCCGCGUAGGAGAGGCAAAGGGUCAGCCAUCGUGGGAUGCAAUCCAGGGGAUGUCCCCUUUGUACUCGAUGACUUUUCUCCUGCUGAUUUAAUAAUUGGAGGAAGUCGUGUUUGGUGCGAGCCAAGCGCAAAAUUCUCAGACGCCAUAUUCAUGACUUCAUUGGACAAGGACUGUUCUGAAUCUCAGAUCCUUGCAGAGUUGAGUGCAUUGACACCCAGGGAAAUCUUGGGCGUGUUUCUCUUCAGAGGAAAAGCUGUAAAGCAUCCUCCACUACUUGCUCUUGAGGAAGCUCUGUUGAGAGAAAUAUCAUCAUUGGCGCCCAUGAAGAGGAGGGCUCCUCCCACUCCAAUUCGUGUCCGGGUCUUCCAACCUGAACCAAAUGAUGCUCAUAUGAGAGCAACAAUCACAUUCUAUGGAAACCAGCAUCUAGAAGCUGCAAAGUUGUUGGAGCAAAUGGAAGGCAAGGUGGAGGAGGGUGAUGGUUACCAGCUUGCAACCUGCCUCCACCACUUCUGCCGGCCGUGCUUGGUGGAGCAGUGCGAGUCCGCAAUCAGAAGCUGCUGCUGCGGGCCCCACGGUUUCCCGCUGCGCUGCCUGCAUGAGGGUUGUGGGACCCCUAUCAUCGUUGCGGAUCUCAAGUCUCUCCUGGCGGUGGACAGGCUGGAAGAGCUCUUCCGGGCAUCCCUGAGUGCUUUCGUGGCAGGAAACCCAUGUUACCGGUUUUGCCCCUCGCCCGACUGCCCUUCCAUCUACCGUGUGACAACAACAACAGAGGAUGAUAACAAUUCAGCUCCAGCAGCAUUCGUGUGCGGGGCGUGCUACGCAGAGACAUGCACCGGAUGCCACCAGGAGCAUCACCCUCAUCUCUCUUGCAGCAAGUAUCGCGAGUUCAGAGAUGACCCCGACCUGUCUCUCAAGGAGUGGUCGGAUGGGAAGGAGAACGUGAAGAACUGCCCGGCGUGCAAGUGCACCGUCGAGAAGGUGGACGGGUGCAAUCACGUCGAAUGCCGGUGUGGGACGCAUGUUUGCUGGGCGUGUUUGGAUGUCUUUCAGUCCAGUGAUGACUGCUACAAUCACAUGAGGUCCAUUCAUUUGUCCAUUGGAUAGCUAAGCUAGAUAGCUAAACGAAUCUAGUUACCACUU